AGAUUAUGGGAAAUGUAGGCCUAUUACAGGAAACUAAAUGACCAGACACGGGCCUGGCUGUAGCAUUAAAAUUCCUCUUUAUUCAAGGUAACUUCCUACUGUACACACAACAUCUCACCAUUUAGUGUAGAACUAGAGCAAUCGUCGACAUUUCCGACAGCACUUAAAGGCAGCAGAGGGGCCGAAAGUCCGGGCUCAACUCACAAAAGCCCCUUUGUCAUUUUUUUUUUUUACUUCUCGAUAUUGCUUUUUCAUCUUUUCUUGUUCAUUACUUUGAGAUGGGCCUCUUAACUAACACAAUAGCCUGAUACACAAACGGACUCACGUCAUUUUUCCAGAUAGAAACUAUUCUUAAAGGGCAAAGUUAGCUUCCAAAACGUGACUUUUUGUGUUAAAAAGAUAGUCUACUGAAAUUUAACCAUAAAAAAACGUGUUUUCAUAUUUAGCCAAAUGUUCAUGCUUUACUUAGUGCUUGAACUUAACCAAUGGUUUAGUCUUGUAUUUGCUAGGCCACUUUUAAAGGCUUGUCUGUUACGCAUUUGUUAAAUCAUAAUUAGAUUUAUUCGAUUAAACGGGACGGAAAAGUUUUUGGAGCAGGGGAAUCCUUCAGUUUCCAUUAGCAGGAGAAGGGCGACGAGGAGGGGGAGGCUGGACAUUCUUCUCAUACUGCAGAGCAGGCAGGGGGGAGCUUCCUGCCACUACUCCUGUACCGCUUCUUUUUUACGGUAAAACAUGAAAUGUACAGGAAAGGACGAAGACUUUGUGGACGCGAACAAGCUCCUUCUCCCGGAGCAGGAGUUAAAACUCGCGGCGAGACCCACCAUUGACCGGCGGCAGCCAGUUUUAUUGUUGUAAAGGGAGAUUUUCUGCAGCCCGAGGAACCGCUUCAGCCCCGCAAGAAAGGAGAAAAAUAACAAAAAGUGAUGUGUCGCUGACUUGGAGGACCGGGAAAGUAAACAGAAGAAACACCAAUAAAAGAGAAACGCUGACCAGUGCCUCUACAUCUUGGAACUCCUUGAUUUCCUGCUGAGCUUGCAGGAAGACCAAAUCCAAGUGUUAAACUACUGGCCACCAUCAGGCUAUCACCACCUAACACUUGGCCAACUCCACCCCAACAACAUCAGCCCUAUCUUUGUGCUUCCCCUCUGCGUGCCCCACCUGGGCCUCCCGGUGGGCCUGCCGCAGCAUCAAAACAUGAGCAGCUGUUGCCACUGACACCGCCAGGAGAGCACAGUGAGAGCAACCAUACAGGGAGUAUUGACCGUGGGCGAAGCUUGUCUUUCCAUGAGGUGCGUAGCCAGUGUGAGGCAGAGAUGAGGGCUGCUUCCGAGGAGUCAUCCACCAGCAACAACAGUGUAGGAGGUGGUGGCAGCACCGUACUGCAGCGCCUCCUGCAGGAGAAAAUGAACCGUAAUUACGUGCUUCAGCAGCAGCAACAACAGCAAGGAAGUGGAGGGGGGUUUUCCGGACAGGGACAUAUAUGCCCCUCUGAUGAUCACUCCAUGACCCCGCACAUUGCCCGGCAGGAGCCACAGGGACAAGAGCUGCAGACGGACACUGGCCUGGAGAAGCUGGGCUCCACAAGAGUAGGAGGUGGGGGGGGAGGCAGUGGAGGGGGUUUAGGGACUGGAGGUGGAGGAGGAGGCAACACUGGAGGUGGUGGUAUCAGCCAAGGGCAGUGCCUGAACCCUGAAGACCUCCCUACAUACGAAGAAGCCAAAGUGCAGUCGCAAUACUUCCGUGGCCAUGGUCCUCCUCCUCACGCUCAGCAGCAGAACAGCCAGCCCCAGCAGCCUCCUCUCCCUGGCUCAUUGGGCACCGCCUUCUACGUUACUGGGGUGACCAGCGCUAAGGUACGCACUGAGGGUCGCCCCACGGUGCAGCGAGUGAGCGGCACAGGAAGGGUGCACCAGGAUGAUGGUCUAAAGGAUCUGAAGCAAGGACACGUUCGCUCUCUCAGCGAACGACUUAUGCAGCUGUCCCUGGCCACCAGUGGCGUGAAGGCCCAUGCUCCUGUCACCAGCACCCCACUCUCUCCCCAACUGCCCCCACCAGGGCCACCGGGCGACUAUUACAAGCCGCAGCACCGGGGCCCGCCUCCAGACUACCCCUUCAAAGGACUGGGCUCGCCUACCAAGCAACAGGAGCCUGGAGACCAUUUUUACCAGGAGCAGAGAGGGAGGGAGCUCUCGAGGGAGGUGCCCCAUGUCCGAUACCAGCCCCCACCUGAGUAUGGCUCGUUCAGGUCCAGUAAGGAAGGUUCGGUCCACUUCCAGAGGCCCCUUCAUCAGCACAGUCCCACCUCCUCUGUCACAUCCAUGGGAUCUUUGUCCCGCACCCAGUCCUCAACCCUAAGUAGCAUGCUCAGUGUCUCCCAUCCAUCCUUCCCUCACCAGCACCCACAGAGUCAGGGUGAGUCCUUUCCUAGCAUGGGGCCCCGCAGUACGCAGGCUCCCAGCUCCUACCAGCCAGGGGCACCCUUCACCCUUGGGCCUAUUCACCCACCACCAAGAGGUCCCGUUUUCCCUCAUGACCCCUAUGGCUCCACUUCACGGAUGCACCAUCAGCAGCACCAUCAGUAUCAACAACAGCAGCAGCAGCAGCACCAGCACCAGCAGCACCACCAGCUGCAGCAGUUUCAAGAACCUCCCCAGCCCCAAUCGCCAGUACAGGCUGGACAUUUUCCCCAUCCGCACUCCUUCUCCCACCUGCAGGGAGAGCCUUUUGCUAUGAUGGUGCGUGCCCACCAGAUGGUGGAUGUGCUAACGGAGGAGAACAGGAUACUAAGGCAGGAGAUGGAGACUUGCCGCGAGAAAGUCACUAAGUUGCACAAGUUGGAAACAGAGAUCCAGCUGGUGUCAGAGGCAUAUGAAAACCUUGCCAAGUCUUCCUCCAAGAGGGAGGCCCUGGAGAAAACCAUGAGGAACAAGCUGGAGCUGGAGGUGCGCCGGCUGCACGACUUCAACAGGGAUCUCCGAGAGCGCAUGGAGACAGCCAAUAAGCAGCUAGCUGCUAAAGAGUGUGACGGCUCAGAGGACAACCGCAAAACCAUAUCCCAGCUGCUUGCGCAGAACAAAGAGACGCUUCGUGAGAAGGAGAAGAUGGAGAUGGAGUUUAACGCUCUUCGCUCAACCACAGAGGACCAAAGGAGACACAUUGAGAUCAGAGAUCAGGCACUCAAUAACGCCCAGGCCAAAGUGGUCAAGCUGGAAGAGGAGCUGAAGAAGAAGCAGGUUUACGUUGAGAAGGUGGAGAGAAUGCAGCAGGCUCUAGCUCAGCUUCAGGCAGCCUGUGAGAAGAGAGAACAACUCGAGCACCGACUCCGUACUAGACUGGAAAGAGAGCUGGAGUCGCUACGCAUGCAGCAGCGUCAGGGAGGCACUCAAAGCAGUAGUACAGUCCCAUCAGAGUACAACGCCACAGCACUGAUGGAGCACCUGAGGGAGAAGGAGGAGCGGAUCCUGGCUCUGGAGGCCGACAUGACCAAAUGGGAGCAGAAGUAUUUGGAGGAGAGCGUGAUGAGGCAAUUUGCCCUGGACGCCGCUGCCUCUGUCGCCACUCAGAGGGAUACAUCUGCAGCAGUUAUAAGCCAUUCUCCCAACAGCAGCUAUGACACGUCAGUGGAGGCUCGAAUCCAGAAGGAAGAAGAGGAGAUUCUUAUGGCCAAUCGGCGCUGUCUGGACAUGGAAAGCAGGAUAAAGAAUCUCCAUGCCCAGAUCAUAGAGAAAGACGCUAUGAUCAAGGUGCUUCACCAGCGCUCCAGGAAGGAACCCAUCAAAUCCGAUGCGCCAUCUGCUAUGAGGCCCUCCAAGUCACUUAUGUCUAUUUCCAACACUGGCUCCAACGGUUCAGGACUACUCUCUCACAGCCUGGGCCUCAGUAGCUCGCCCAUCACCGAAGAACGCAAAGACACCAGCUGGAAGGGCAGCCUGGGGGUUCUGCUGGGUUCCGAGUUUCGCACAGAGUCUCUCAGGACAGAGUCAAUCUCAUCAUCCCCCUCACCGGUGCUUCCGUCCACCCCAAUGACCGCAGGCCACUCAAAGACAGGCAGCAGGGACAGCUGCACGCAGACUGAGAAGGGACAGAGUCAGGACACCAGCAAGCCCAGUACUCCAGCCCUGCAAAGCAUGACGUUGCCAGCUCGCCUGUCCAGCCCCAGCCCAGUCUACAUUCCGGACCGUAUAACAGAUGUGCCAAUUUUUCACAGCAGCACCCUGGAGCGGAGGCUCCCUGUCCAGUCCCUCCCGCAGCAACAGGCCCUUCCUCCAGCCCACCCAACCCAACAGGACGUGGACAACGACAUGGUGGAGAUCCUUAUCUGACCCCAUCUGGAGAAAAACUUCAUUCAAACAAGUGAUAGAAGGGCAGCUCCAUCAGACAAACACAGCGAUAAUUAUCCCGGCUCAUCCUCAACCUACAGCUCCUUCUGUGUUUAACUGACCCACAGCAAGAGACAUAGUCAUACACUUAUGUUUACGUGUGCAUUCACUUUAAGCCUGACUGGAGUUUUUACACAUUUCCAUUAUUCCUUACAGUAAAGGAAUGAAGGAAAUGUGUUAAAUUUUUAUCAUCAUCUAAGGAAAACCCAGAAAUCAGAAGCAAAAAGCAGAAGCCUCAUCUAAGCUUUUGCAGUUUCCUAAAUGCAUUUGUUAAUAUGAAGUGGAGCUUUAACAUUUUAAAGUUCAUUGUCUCAUAUUUAUUUUUUGAUGCAACUUUGUAAGACGCUUUUGGUGCUUUUUUGUUCACAGUGAUGGUUAAAUGGAAGUUAUUAAUCAUGAGGUUAAACAUAAUCUUUUUUUAAUCUCUAUGUAUGCUCAUAAAGGUUGACAGUUAACAUUGAGCAAGAAGAAGUGGGCAAACCUUAAAGCUAAAAUCUUCCUGUUAAAGUGUAACACAUGGAGCAUACAUAUCACACACAGAUAGUUUUAUUUUCAACUUUUAAGUUGAGGUGAAGGAUUUUUCUUUUGUCACUGUUGUAUGACAGCUUUGUUUAAAUGCACUACUUUUUGACCAGGGGGGUGGGACACAUAGUUAUUGCAGCACCAAUGACAUAACAGCACAUUUGGUUAUGUUUGCAAAGCUCAGAAUUUGCCUUUUUCUUCCUUUCCUACUUUCAAACAAAUUAUUAAUGAUGAAAAAACCUGGUCUGUCUACAAGGGUUUAGCUGUAAGAGGAAGCAGCUUGUUAUUUAGACAUGUGAUACAAAUCUGUAAACUCCCAUUGUGUUGGUGUAGGCUGGUUGGACCAAAUGUAUUGGCUACAUUUUUAUUGCAUUUAUUGCACUACUUAUUUUUUAAGAGUGUUUCUUUGCUAUAUUACUUAGUAAUGUCUGACAUUAGGUAUUGUAUUUAUGUGUAUUGAUUUAUAAAAAAAAAACUAUCUAGAUUUUCAGAGCCAAUGAAUUAGUCAGAUAGGAUGUUGCCUUUUUAAUAGACUUGUUUUGCUCCAUGUUGUGUUAAAAGUACCUAGCUUCUUAGCUGUUGGUACCAGGAUUGGGGGCUUUUAGUGUUUGCAAUCCAACCUUUGUGGCAUGUUGACUUCAGGCACACAAACCUCCCUGAGUAAAACUGCUAAAUCUGAAGAGCUUACCUUUUUUGUUAUCGAAUCUUAUGUUGCCCUAAAAUGUGUCCUUCUUCUUUUAUGCCUGUGCUGGAAGAUGGAGUGAGCAGAGUGUGUUAUAUUUACUGCCAUGUUAUAUUUAUUGUAUAUUUACAGACUGUUAUAUUUACUGUAAUGUGACUGGCAGUAAAUAUAACAGUGACUUCUGCUUUUAAUAGCAACGAAUGUAAAUUUUCCAGACAGAAAUGCAUUUGAAAUACCUUUGGAAGAACUACAAAAAACUGAGAUUGUGUACUCUUCUGAAAUAAUCUUUAAUUUGAUUGGCAGAAAAGGGUUAAACAUUUUCAAAAUAGGAUAAUUCUUGCAAACCUACUUCUUGAAGCUUUGGCCACCUAAAGUCAAAGUGCUGCAUAGGUCAGUAAGCAUGCACAGUCCUCACAAGUGAUUUCUGAAACAUCAUGCAGGUUGCACUAGAUCCAAACAGGCUAAAGGCUGACUGAAGAAAAUUCUUUUGUGUAUUUAGAAACAUGGUGCCCACUACAUGACUGUGUUGGGCCUCAGCCACAAGAGGGGAAUUAGAGUCUGACAGUAUGGUUGGCUGCCUCCAUGACCCCACUGGUUGGGGUCAAUCUCAUACUAGAGGCUCUUAAAGUCAUUCAGCAUUUCACCUCCCAUGCCUAAAGAACAAUAUUGAGGGGAUUUAUAUUUUACUUUGAUGCACAUCAUGUCAUAAAAUUGACAUAUGCACACUGUAUUGUGAAUAUUUAAAAUUGCAAGCAUUUGUAUUAUCGUACCAUCCAUCAGACUCGUUACUCAAAUCAAACAAUGAAAAGUAUUUGUAGGCACCA